AUGACGCACACCAGAGCUGCACUGACGCGUGGCUUCCCUGACGACCGCACCAGUGACACUGUGGCUCCGCGCCCGGCCAGCCACCCGCCCGGCCGGCCGCCCGCUGCCGCUGCCCGCUGCCACCGCCGCUGCCACCGCCGCUGCCAUCUCCGCUCGCCUCCACCGCCGCUCUUCCACCAUCGUUCCAUCAACCUCACCAUCAACAUCAUCACAAGCACCAACGUCAGCAUCAACGUCAACCUCAGCAUCAACCUCACCAUCAACAUCAUCACAAGCACCAACGUCAGCAUCAACGUCAACCUCACAAUCAGCAUCAACCUCACCAUCAACAUCAUCACAAGCACCAACGUCAGCAUCAACGUCAACCUCACAAUCAGCAUCAACCUCACCAUCAACAUCAUCACAAGCACCAACGUCAGCAUCAACGUCAACCUCAGCAUCAACCUCACCAUCAACAUCAUCACAAGCACCAACGUCAGCAUCAACGUCAACCUCAGCAUCAACCUCACCAUCAACAUCAUCACAAGCACCAACGUCAGCAUCAACGUCAACCUCACAAUCAGCAUCAACCUCAGCAUAAACAUCAACAUCAACAUACAGCAUCCAUCAUCGCAAGCAUCAACAUCAACUUACAGCAUCAACGUCAACCUCACAAUCAGCAUCAACCUCACCAUCAACAUCAUCACAAGCACCAACGUCAGCAUCAACGUCAACCUCAGCAUCAACCUCAGCAUGAACAUCAACAUCAACAAACACAUCAUCAUCGCAAGCAUCAACAUCAACUUACAGCAUCAACGUCAACCUCAGCAUCAACCUCAGCAUAAACAUCAACAUCAACAAACAGCAUCAUCAUCGCAAGCAUCAACAUCAACUUACAGCAUCAACGUCAACCUCACAAUCAGCAUCAACCUCACCAUCAACAUCAUCACAAGCACCAACGUCAGCAUCAACGUCAACCUCAGCAUCAACCUCACCAUCAACAUCAUCACAAGCACCAACGUCAGCAUCAACGUCAACCUCACAAUCAGCAUCAACCUCAGCAUAAACAUCAACAUCAACAAACAGCAUCAUCAUCGCAAGCAUCAACAUCAACUUACAGCAUCAACGUCAACCUCAGCAUCAACCUCACCAUCAACAUCAUCACAAGCACCAACGUCAGCAUCAACGUCAACCUCAGCAUCAACCUCACCAUCAACAUCAUCACAAGCACCAACCAUCAACGUCAACCUCAGCAUCAACCUCACCAUCAACAUCAUCACAAGCACCAACGUCAGCAUCAACGUCAACCUCAGCAUCAACCUCACCAUCAACAUCAUCACAAGCACCAACGUCAGCAUCAACGUCAACCUCAGCAUCAACCUCAGCAUAAACAUCAACAUCAACAAACAGCAUCAUCAUCGCAAGCAUCAACAUCAACUUACAGCAUCAACGUCAACCUCACAAUCAGCAUCAACCUCACCAUCAACAUCAUCACAAGCACCAACCAUCAUCAUCGCAAGCAUCAACAUCAACUUACAGCAUCAACGUCAACCUCACAAUCAGCAUCAACCUCAGCAUAAACAUCAACAUCAACAAACAGCAUCAUCAUCGCAAGCAUCAACAUCAACUUACAGCAUCAACGUCAACCUCACAAUCAGCAUCAACCUCAGCAUAAACAUCAACAUCAACAAACAGCAUCAUCAUCGCAAGCAUCAACAUCAACUUACAGCAUCAACGUCAACCUCACAAUCAGCAUCAACCUCAGCAUAA